AUGUCGCGUUCUGUGGUGAACGACAUCAUAGUACCCGACUCGGAGCCUACGCGUCAAGCUUCUCCGCUGCGUACAUCUUCCCAGCACGCGAUGGAGACCAAAGCCAAGGUUCGCGUCACCUACGGAAGACCGAAGCCUUCGAUACCGGUAGUUGAGGAGCAGCAGGAAGAUGACCUGCCGCCCAGCUCGCCCCCAAAGAUCAUUUCGAGCAGUUCGACCUUGACGGAGGACAGCUCCUUCCCUCUCGACGAUAAUUCUGUGAGAGCGACAUCAAGCAAGCCUAGGUUACUGCAGAGUGACGAGGGAGAAGAUGGAGAUACGGAUGGCGAUGGGAAUACUCAGUUUAACUGGGGUUGGAGAAAGAAGCUGGCUGCUCUGGACGCCUCGGACGAUGAAGAAGGCCCGCAAGCUCAACCUCGUGCAACUGUCCAUACGAAGCCCCGAAUGCACGCAGACAUCUUCUCCGGAUCAUUGCCCCCUCUAACCUCAUCCUCCAUGCAAUCGACAUCUCCGCCGAGAACAACUUCGAAGCGACCGACAAGCGACCGCCUUCCGAGCCCGUCUUCCGCCUUGGUAUCCCCACCACGAGCCAGCACACGUGAGACAGACGAAUCGAGCGGUGCCUCCGAGGGUCCCUCCAAGCUAUUUGAAUCACCGUUCAACGCUCUUGCGCCGGUUGCUAAUACUCCUGAUUCUUCACCGUUGAAAGCUGUCUCCAAGCCCUCUGAUCAUGACGAACUCGAGGGACUUUUCUCACCCGCAGCUUCUGUUGGUCGGCAGUCGCCUGCUAUACCAAACCGAAAACAAAGAUUGAAGAGCUUGGCCUCUUCUCGCCGUUUUGGUCAAGCAUCUGAAACCCCUUCACCUGAGCAAGGACCUACCACUGAAGACGCUAAUGCGGUUAUCGGUGAUAUAGAGAAUAGUGACAAGGAAAAGCCCAAGAAGAAGCCCAAGAAGCUGAACAAGAAGGAGAUUGACCAAAUGAAUAAGGAGACCGCGCGCUUGCUUGCUGCACAAGACGCGAGCAUCCCUCGCUACGAGAAUCGACUCAGCCUAACUAGCUUGUUCAAGACAAUACAAAUGGCCAAUGGCAGCAGUGAACUCCCAGACACACCAGGGACGACUCAGCUGAAGAAACUCCCCCGUCCUUCAAAGCCAUAUGUGGCAGUAAAGCCCAACGCUGCCCCUAUUGAUGAUGACCCAAUAAUUGACGCAUCGAGCCCGUUCGUUCGUAAUGUCCUGAAAACUGCGUACGCUGCCACUAUUCCAUCUUCAUCGGCGCCAGCAUCUUCACAAGUACCGAUUGAGGCUUCAUCCACACCAGCUCUGCCCAUGCAGAGAACUAUGUCGGCGCCUCUCCCUGUUCUGCCUAUUUCGAAUGACCCUGAAGAGGAGCUUCCCGAUGCUGACGCUGUCCUCGCUGAAGACCGUGAGCGACGACUGCAAGCAAUGAGAGCUGAAGAUGAGAAAAGGCGACAGUACAAACUUGCCCUCUUGCAGCGACGCCAAGAGCAGUCUGUCAUGACUGCCGCAGAACUGCUACGCGAGAAGGACGCCGACAGUGACAGCGACAUAGAGAUCCAAGAAGAAGAGCCUGAAUUGGUAAAGAAUGGUCCAGGUUCUGCCAAGAAGGGUUUCAUGGAUCGUCUCGUUCAUUCAAUGCCCGGUCGCAAAUCACACCAUGUAGGACAGACUCCCACAGAUUCUCAGCUCAACCGCGCUGCCAAACCGCACUUUGAUAUGUCCUUCCCCCCUUCAGCACGCAAGAAUGGCAAGAAGGAUCCGGUGAUCAAUCGUGACGCAUUGAAUCGGAGCUUGCUGAAGAAGGCGAGGAGAAUCACCACUGAGGAGACACAACGUAAGGAGGAAGAGUGGAAGAGCCGCGGCGGCAGGAAGAGACAACUCAAGCAAGAGGAUAUCAGUGCGGCUAUUCAGGAAGCCCUGGAGAAACAGGUCGCUGCUGCAGAACCUAGUGAGGACAGUGGGAGUGACGAGGACUGGGCGCCCUCCGGUGAAGAAUCCGAAAUGGAGAAUGACGAGAACAAAACUGCGCCAGCCCUGGUGGAAGAUGAAGCAAUGGAUGAGGAUGACGAGAAUUCACCCGCACCUGAAGAUAAUGAGGUGUCGGCUCGAUCACCUUCCUACGCCGAUAGCAACAAGGAAAAUGAUAACGAGAACAAAGAAAACGUUGCCCCCUCCCGGAGAAGCUCGAGAUCUGUUCUCGGCGAGAUGCAGAUUGAUGUGAUACAGGCAGAAGACGCUAUAGACAGCGAUGGCGAGCCGCUAUGGCCACCCCGGAAGAAACGCAAGCUCUCGAAUGGGGUUGGCCUUCUGCUAGACGAUGACACGGAGAGCAAUAACGGUGAUUCAACUGCAGUCCCUAUAGCACGUUGUCUGUUCCCAGAUGUUCCACUUGAGGAAGACGAUGCACCAUCCAAUUUCAUCACUGGAUUUGCUGCGUCGUUGGGAGACAGUGCUCCCGAUGCCUUUGACCCAGCAUUUAGCAAUGGUCUGGGGGGUGGGGGUCUCUCUCAAUUCUUCGACGAAACCCAGGUUGUGUCUGGUCCUCUUUCACAGUUACGGCGCGCGGCUGCCGAAGAGUUGGAAAAUGUUGUUCCACGAAAUCUCCUACCAUCUGUUGAUCUGUCGACACAACAGAUUCAGCUACAGGAAGAAGUAUUCCAAGAAGACCAGGAGUCUCGUCUGCAAGAUGCUCUCCGUGCUGCGAGCAAAGAGAUGAACGCGCGGUCUCGACCAGAAGCCAGCCGCUUGGUUCUGGCCGAAUCCUUCCAGAUGGAUGACUUCACUCAGCGGGAUGGGUUGAACUCCCUGGACGACUUCAAUAUGGAUGGGUUACUUUUCCAGAAUGCGAAUAUAGACGCGAACGAUGUGGAAUCAACAAAUCAACCAUCUUUUGAAGCACAUGAUCAAUCAUUGGAAACCCAAUCGAACGACGAGAUGUCCACCACUGAUCAAGAUGAGAACAUGCCCCCUGCUCCAAGAGAGCUGGACGCCUUCGAGAUCAUGCGUAGAAAUGCAAGGCGCGAGGCAAAGAAGGCCCGGCGAAAGAAAAUCAGGUCGCUUUUCAUGGAAGGUGAAGCCGAAGAGGAAGAGGAAGAAGCGAUGCUGGGUUUCAACAUCUCCAAGGGUGAACACGAGUCGGACGAAGACUCUGAGGACGAUGUUUUACUGCCAGAGCUCGUGGAUGAUAAAGUGAUGAAUGAAGAGACCGUUGCCAAGGAGAAAGUCCUUGAGAAGGUAGCGGAACAUCAAGCCGAGGAUGAUGCUGCAUUGGAGAAGUAUCAUAUGGAUGCCAUUGAGGGUAAGAGACGCAUGCGGCGACGGGGUGAUGAUUUCCUCAGCGAUUCCGAUGAUGAAGGCGAGCGACGACAUUACGUUCCAGGCAUGUUCCGGAGGAAAGAUGGUGCUCCCGAACUGGUAGCUCUUGCCCAGAAUCCGCAAACACGCGCGUUCUAUGAAGCAUACCAGAACACCGUCGUGGCCAAGGAUGAUCACGAGUUCGACCAUCUCAAUGCCGCUCCUCCCGAAGAUUCCGGCAAUGAGGGCGAUUCUGACGAGGAGAACAACGAGAACAGCCGUGUCAGAGAGACGGUUAGCGCGGCUCAGCUUCGGCAUGAGCUGUUGCAGGCUGCCAGGAACAAGGAGUCAAUCUCUCCAUUGAUGAACCCAGACGACGCUUCCUGGGUUGAUCAAGGAGAUUCGGACGGGGAAGAUGUACGUCAUUCUUACCCCAGCAUGGCCGUCCGUCCGAGAGCCCGUGAACCACCGAAAGCGAGCAACGAUGAUGACCUCCUGCUUUCUUGCAGAUCAGUCAAAUUGGACGCGAAGCAGCAAGCGAGGCUAGAGAAGUUCCGUAAAGAGGACAGCUACGUCGCAAAUACCAGCCGUGGUGGCGCAGCAGUUACCGGCUUUGUUAAGAACAAGGCGCAGCUUCAGAACGGCUCGGGGAAGGACAAGAAGGGCAAGGCACCUGCGCCGCGCAAGUCAGCAGUGUUUGAGCGACAAGGCAAAUUCGCUUCAUGA